AUGGGUUCGGAUAAAGUACCAUUACUAUUAGUGACUGCCAACGUUGGAUCCAUAUUCGAAGACCCGUCCGUGAUGCUGCCAAUCUGGACAUCGGAGUUCCUGCAGGCGGUCUCCCGCAUGGACCCCAAGUUCAUCGCCCUCCACCUGCAAGAGGUAGGCGGGAAGGCGUACGAGAGGUCGAUGCAGUACGUCCAGGACUUUGUUCAGCGGCUGUGCGACUGCCCCGAGCUGAGGCUGUUCGACAAGGUCCGGAUCUUCCUGGACGAGGACUUCAGCUCGCCGGAGAAGUUCACGGCAUUAGGCAAUAUGUACUUCGCGCAUUCCACUCUCACCGACAUCAAGAUCUGGGACUUCGACGCGAAGAGCUACGUCGACGUGGUGGGUAAGGAGAUCAACAGCGGCAACAUUGAGAAAGUGACAACCAAAGAGAAAGCGAAAUUUCCUCAACAUUUCUUCCCCGAGUGCAAAUGGUCUCGCAAGGGCUUCCUGCGCACUCGAUGGUUCCUGCGAGGCACCGCGGUGGAGUUCGUCAACAUACACCUGUUCCACGACGCGUCGAACCUUCUGGCAAUGGAGUCAUUUCCUUCGGUCUACUGCCGCAGCCGCCGGCGCGCGUUACGUCACACCUUGCGCCACCUGCACUCGGACGCAAACGGCGCCCCGUACUUCAUAUUCGGCGACUUCAACUUCAGAACGGACACAGGCGCCGUUGUCAAGAAGGUGACCGAGGGCCUGGCCGCCAGCAGGGUGCAGGCAGGGGGCGCCGACUCCUGCAAGCUGCAGUACCGCGCCAGGAGUGACGGCAGACUGGUGCUGGCCGUAGGCAAGAAGGAGUUCGCCCACGCGGACCACCAGAAAAUAUUCAGGGAGCCGUGGCUGCAGCGCUACGACCGCGAGCUGGAGGCCCUCCGGCCGCACCUGUUCGAGUUCCCGGUCAAAUUCCCUCCGACAUACCCCUUCGAGGAGAACGUCGAACUGCCCACCCACUACAUGAAGACCAGGUGCCCGGCCUGGUGCGAUCGAAUCCUGCUGUCGGCGGCCGCUAGACUACUGCUGCAGCCCGACGCGCCCCGCGCUUCCCACGCCUCCAGGAGGUCCGUGACUGACUCCACAGACAGCAGCGGCAGGGUCUCGUCAUCUGACAGCAGCCCCGCAAGGUCCAACUCGCCGGCCAGACGGAAUCACCAGUCCAGCCCCGGCAAGGCGCUGGAGAAGAAGGGCAGCGUCGCCGAGCUGGACGCGUUGCCGCUGCCCGGUGUGGCGGUCAGCAGGAAGAGCAUCGCCGACCCCACCAGCGUGCAGCGGGCGCUCGACGCGCGCGGGGAGGGCGAGGCGGGGCCGGGGCGGCGGCGGCUGGUGCGCAACCAGUCGGAGGGCUCGCCCAAGGCGGAGGCGGGGGAGGCGCGCAGGGCGGGGGAGGCGGGAGGGGCGGCAGGGGCGCCCAGGAGGAGGGCGGACUACGGCGUCAUCGGCGACGCGGCCUGCAUGGGCGACCACAAGCCGAUCUACCUGCGCGUGCUGCUGCAGAGCGAGCGAGGUAGGCUCCCCGGCGUCUGCCGCGCCCCCUGCGCCCUCUGCCCGCCCCCCGCCCCCGCACCCCCCGCACCCCUCGCCCGCCUCCCGACAGACCCCGACCUCUCAGCGCACAGAGCGCCCCACCCGCACGAGCUCGGCUCCCGGCUGGCCCGCGCCGGCUCGAUACCCUGCGUGGAGAUCACCGGCGCCGAGCACGCCACCUGCGAGCGGAUCUUCGCGGACGAGAUCGACGCCUCGCUGCUCAGCCCCGCCCGCCACUGGGGCCCGUACACGCCCGAGAGCGCCGAGUCGCGAACGCCCAACGCGGGCCCGGACGGGGACCGCAGCGUGUCCCCGACGCAGCUCAGGAGCCGGCUCGACAUGCUGCUGAGCGCCGGGGACCCCCCCGCCCCAACGCUCGCCCCCGCCCCCGCCGAGCCGCUCAGCAGCGCCGGCUCGGCCAAGUCGGUGGGCGGCCGCCGCGGCGGGCUCUGCUGUCUCGCUCUAAAGUGCUACGGCUUCUGUCGGCGGCGGGCGCGGAGGGUGGACUGCCGGUGCGCGGGCGGCGUCGGCGGCUGUUGCACG